UGGGAGGAGGACGGGAUCGGGGGCGGGAAGUUCCCGGAAGGAGCGAAAACAGGGAGGGACAGGGCUGAGAGGAAGGCGAUGCGACGGACAGGCGCACCCGCUCAGGCUGACUCUCGGGGGCGAGGUCGAGCCAGGGGCGGCUGCCCUGGGGGCGAGGCGACGCCGUCUCUUCCUCCACCUCGCGGCGGAACCCGAGGACAGGAGCCUCAGAUGAAAGAAACUAUCAUGAACCAGGAAAAACUCGCCAAACUGCAGGCACAAGUGCGCAUUGGUGGGAAAGGAACUGCUCGCAGAAAGAAGAAGGUGGUUCACAGAACAGCAACAGCAGAUGAUAAAAAACUUCAGUUCUCCCUAAAGAAAUUAGGGGUAAACAAUAUCUCUGGUAUUGAAGAGGUGAAUAUGUUUACAAACCAAGGAACAGUGAUCCACUUUAACAACCCUAAAGUUCAGGCUUCUCUGGCUGCAAACACCUUCACCAUUACAGGCCACGCUGAGACAAAGCAGCUGACAGAAAUGCUCCCCAGCAUCUUGAACCAGCUUGGCGCAGACAGCCUGACUAGCUUGAGGAGGCUGGCCGAAGCGCUGCCCAAACAAUCUGUGGAUGGAAAAGCACCACUUGCUACUGGAGAGGACGAUGAUGAUGAAGUUCCAGAUCUUGUGGAGAAUUUUGAUGAGGCUUCCAAGAAUGAGGCAAACUGAAUGGGGUCAACUUCUGAAGAAAGUAAAACUUGAAGAAGUUACUGGGAGCUGCUGUUUUAUAUUAUGACUGCUUUUUAAAAUCGUUUUGUUUAUGAUCUGAUAAAUCUAGAUCUCUAAUAUUUUUAAGCUCAAGCCCCUUGGACAGUGCAGCUCUUUUCAGUUUUUGCUUAUACACACUUCAUUCUUUGCGGCUAAUUAAGCUGAAGAAGCCUGGGAAUAAAGUUUGAAACAAAGGUUAAUAAAUUUCUUUGCCUAGUA